CAACUUGCAAAAAAAAAACAUUUGAACAGUAGUAUAUAAUGAAAUAGCUGUGCACCCUCUAAUUAUCAACAUAACCUAAAGAUCCUUAUUCCAAAUCCAAAUUCGAACCAAGAAACUAAGAGAUGGAGAGAAAAUCUGAUCAUGCUACUGUUAAUCGCAUCUACGAUGAAUUUGAUCCAAUCUUUAAUUGGAAAACUGAACAAGGCUUCGAAACUCUCACUAUUUACCUUCCAGGCUUUAAGAAAGAGCAGCUUAAAGUGCAAGUAACCACAACGAGGAAAGUAAGAGUGAUGGGAGAACGUCCAGCGGGAGCCAACAAAUGGAUCCGUUUCCGCAAGGAGUUUCCUAUUCAAGCAAACAUUGAUGUUGACUCCAUUGGUGCUAAAUUCGAAGGCGCAAAUCUUGUUGUGAAGCUCCCUAGACUACCAAUGGGCAAACAAACUUCUCCGAUGGGUACAACCGCAAAACCUCCUCCGGUUCCUAAGAAAACCGAGAAGGUACAGCCAACAAAAGAUAAAGAAGCGGGAGUAGAGAAACAUGCAGAGAAGGCUCAAUUUCCAAAGCCAUCAAGAGAGGAAGAGACCAAGCGGGAUGAGAAAGAGAAAGCUCUUAAAGAAACAGAGAAGGAAAACGUUUGUGAUGGAGUUAAGAAAGAUUACAGAAGUAACGUGAAUGCAUUCAAGGAAAAUCUUGGAGGAUAUGUGGCUUUGAUGAAGAAUAACCAGAAAGCAAUCACACUUGGUAUGGUUGCUCCCGCGGCCGCGGUUCUGUUGUUGUCGCUUGGAUUCUAUGCUGGUCAAAUGUUUACUUCUUAAUUAACAACCCUUUGAAGAGUCCUAAAUGGCAGAGAAAAAUGUAUUAACUUUGCAUAUAUAUAAGAAAUCAUAUUAAUAAGUAAUAACGCAAAAACAAAGGAACAAAUGUUGUUCAGAAUAAUAAGAAAUUUAUGUUAGAACUUCA